GAAGACGUGAUUUUCAAGCUAAUUAUGAAAACCUUUAUCAUUGGAAUCAGUGGUGUGACAAAUGGUGGGAAGACAACGUUGGCUAAGAAUUUGCAGAAACACCUCCCAAAUUGCAGAGUCAUAUCUCAGGAUGAUUUUUUCAAGCCAGAGUCUGAGAUAGAGAUAGAUAAAAAUGGAUUUUUGCAGUAUGAUGUACUUGAAGCGCUUAACAUGGAAAAAAUGAUGUCGACCAUUUCCUGCUGGAUGGAAAGCCCAGGACCCUCUCUGCUCUCAACAGACUGGGAAACUGCUGAGGAAACCCCCAUCUUAAUCAUCGAAGGUUUCCUUCUCUUCAAUUACAGGCCUCUUGACGCUAUUUGGAAUAGAAGCUAUUUUCUGACCAUUCCUUAUGAAGAAUGUAAAAGGAGGAGGAGUACAAGGGUCUAUGAGCCACCAGACCCCCCGGGAUACUUUGACGGCCACGUGUGGCCCAUGUAUCUAAAGCACAGAAGGGAAAUCGAGGACAUUACAUGGGGAAUUGUUUACCUAGAUGGAACAAAAUCUGAAGGGGACCUCUUUUCACAAGUGUAUGAAGAUCUAAUACACGAACUAGCAAAGCAAAAGUGUUUGCAAGAAACAGCAUAA